AGGGGGAUGUCAAGCAGAACAGAAGGGGGUGGAAGAAGAAGAAAGAAAAAAAGGCCAUGGCUGCUUCAUCAACUAUCGGAUCGUCUUCUCUUAUCCCUUCCAGAAUUCUGCCACUUACUAAUACUUCUCUGCACCAGAAGCUCUUGUUCCUCCCAAAUUUGAAUCAUAACCUGAAGGCUCCCAUCAAGAAAACUCGAAAUUCCUUCAGCGUCCAAGCAGUGAAGCCCCCGCCCGGUGUGGAAAUCCCCAGAGUACAGCCACAGUUUAACGCUCCGUUUCUGGGGUUCACAAAGACAGCAGAAAUAUGGAACUCCAGAGCUUGCAUGAUUGGAAUAAUUGGAACUUUCAUUGUAGAAUUCAUACUCAACAAAGGAAUACUUCAGGUGAUCGGAGUUGAUGUUGGAAAAGGACUAGAUCUUCCUCUCUGAGAGCAUUCAUUUUUCGCUCUCAAUAAACUAAUUUUCGAAUUUCUCACUAAGAAAAAUCUAGUUUAUAAUGCUGUAAGUUGUAUACUUUCUCCUGUCUAUUAUUACCUGAGAUUUGUUGUUACUUACUGUUAUUUGGAGGGGAAAAGUUAUAAUUUUCAUUCUUCUACUGCCUCCCAAUUUUCAGUCUGGAUCGUAUAAUUUAAGGAUUUGUGAUCGAUUUUCAGUUUUAAAUCAUUUUUA